AUGGACGACCAGGUCACCCGCCUGGUGGAUAAGGCGUGGGGGAAGCUUCAGCAACUCCCCGACGACCGCCGGCUUCUGAUCGCUAUAGCCGGCAUCCCGGGCUCAGGGAAAACGACGCUCUCCAAAGCCGUAACGGCGGCGCUGAACGCCCGGCACGCGGCGCAGAACCCAGGCCCUGCCGGCUCGGCGGCGGCGGCGGCGGCGGCUCCGAUCGCCGUCUUCGUGCCCAUGGACGGGUUCCACCUGACGCGCGCGCAGCUGUCAGCGAUGCCGGACCCGGCGCGGGCGCACGCGCGGCGCGGCGCCGAGUUCACGUUCGACGGGGCGGCGUUCCUGGGGCUGGUGCGGGCGCUGCGGGGGCCGGCGACGGCGACCGUGUACGCGCCGAGCUUCGACCACGCCGUCAAGGACCCGCGGCCCGACGACAUCGCGAUCCUGCCGGCGCACCGCGCCGUGGUGCUCGAGGGCAACUACGUGUGCCUCGACCGCGAGCCGUGGCGCGCGGCCGCCGCGCUGGCCGACGAGCGCUGGUUCGUCGCCGUCGACGCCGCCGCCGCCCGGCGCCGCCUCGUCGCCCGCCACGUCCGCGCCGGCAUCGCCCCCGACGCCGCCGCCGCCGCCCGCCGCGCCGACGAGAACGACCUCGUCAACGCCCAGCAGAUCCUCGCCGAGCGCCUCGACGUCGACGAGCUCGUCGUCAGCCGCGAGGACGCUGCGUGGGUCCACGAUUAGCGGCGGGACGGAUGCUGUGCCUAGGGGAAAUAAAAGGGGGGAGGAGGUUCGUGUCUGAGCCAAACGGGAACGUGUUGCGAAGCGAGAUGGCGAUGGUUACGCACUACGUGUGUAUAGUAAAUCUAUAUCCCUGGUGCCUACCAUCAUGAAAGGUUCUUCUUUCUGAGACGUUGGAGGAUCUCGCUUCGGUAGUGACCAGCGAUUACGAUUCUGUUGACGAAAAAGGGGGAGAGGGGCCGAUGACCUGUCAAGUGCAAGUCGGUAUAGCUGAACAAUUUGUUAUGCAUUGCAUACCUAGGUAUCUCUUUCCUCUGUCCCCUCUCUUUCCUCUCUUUCCUCCCUCACGGCCUUAUCUAUGACGGAUUUGGAAGGAAUGACCGUUGUUGAAGCUUGAGUCACAGCUUAGACCCUCUGACGUCAUCCGCUCGUGGCGACAUUUAGCUGUACUUUC